UUGUUUACUCGCUCGCAAUCAGCCAGUUGCCUCGCGAAUUUACGUUCUUCAUAACAGCGUAUGAUUAUUUGCCUCUUUCAAAGAUUAGUAGAGACGGAACUCGAUGAUGGUGCUAAUUGGCCAUUGAAGCUUAACAAAAAACUUGAGAGCUGGAAAACAUAUUCGGAAAGUAAGAGAUGGAGAGAGGUCUCUAGGUUAAGAGUCACAUAAUCAUGUGAUCGUGGUUACAAGUCGAGAGUUCUGGGCCUUCACACUUUUGUUUGGUUGUUUUACGCUGUGCUGUGGCUUGACAUACGAUCUGUGAAUUGCUAAAAUGUUCAUAAUUAUUGUUUCUGCGUUAACUUUUAUUAUUGGAGUAUUGUACUAUUUCCUCAAAAGGAAAACAUCUUUUUCUGAAGUUCGUGGAUUGCACGUCAUGGUGACAGGUGGCUCAAGUGGAAUUGGAAAAUGCAUGGCUAUUGAGGCUGCAAAGGGAGGAGCAAGGGUCACUCUAGUUGCCAGGGACCAGUUACGACUUCAAAAGGCAAAAUCAGAGGUGGAAAGUCACAUGACCAGGGAGUGCAGCCAGAUGGUUGUUUGCCUUUCGCUUGACAUCUCGAUGAAUUUAUCAGAUGUAGAAAGAGCUGUUAAAGAGGCAGAAGAAACUCAAGGGCCUGUUGAUGUUUUGAUCAACUGUGCUGGAACAUCUAUGAGUGCAAAGUUUCUGGACACCCCAUUGAUAGAAUUCAGACGUAUGAUGGAGAUAAACUAUCUUGGCAGUGUCAUGGUGACCAGAGCAGUUGUACCUAGCAUGAUAAAGAAGAAAAGUGGACGCAUUGUGUUUGUAUCUUCAAUGGCAGGACAACUUGGGCUUUUUGGAUAUACUGCCUAUUCAUCUUCUAAAUUUGCUCUUCGUGGAUUUGCUGAGAGUCUUCAGAUGGAGCUGAAACCUUACAACAUUAAAGUGACUUUGGCCUUUCCACCUGACACUGACACUCCAGGAUUUGCAGAGGAACAAAAGAUAAAGCCAAAGGAAACAAGAUUGUUAUCAGAAGCAGGAGGCCUUUUCCAGCCUGACACUGUAGCUAAGAUCAUUUUAAAAGAUUCAUUGAAAGGAAAGUUCUUAAGUAGUGUUGGAAUUGAUGGCUUUAUGGUUAGCACCCUCACAUGUGGAUUUUCUCCAGCAACAUCUUUUAUGGAGGGCUUGUCCCAGGUAACAUUGAUGGGAUUGUUUCGCUUAAUUGCUCUGUCCUACCUAGCCUACUUUGAUUAUGUCAUUAAAAAAUGUAAAGAUGAAGAUGAGAUUAAAUCUGUUAAGAAGUCAAGCUGAAGAAUAGAACAGUGCACAGGCUCCACAAUCAGUGUAAAGUGUGAACUCUGUGUGUGCAAGUGUGUAUGCUUAUAUUUCCAGUAACUAGUCUGGAGAGUGAUGUCCCUUCACCUAACUGGCUAAAGGGUGACAGCUGUCAUUUUUCAUUUGAUCACCAUCAAGUUUUGAGCAAAAUAUUGUGCUAUAAAUCUGUUAUGCCAUUUCCUAUGUUCCUGGGUAGAUUUAUGUGUCUGCCACGUUUUGUGUAUUUUAUUUCUUCUGCCACAUCUGCAUGCAAUUGUUCUGGAGAGUUUUGAUGUGAUGUUCCAUCACGUUGCAUGUGUAUUAGUGACAGGUCUGAUAAUAGAAGACAUUGCUUCUCUGGGAGGCUGAUCUUGCAAUGACCCUUUGGUCUAAUGGGAGUUGUGUGGAGGGAACAAUGUUUCUGUCUGCAAAGGCUAGGGCACAGCACCAUGCAUUGUGCUUUGAGCUUCCCAUGUCAUAAUAAACGUUUCAGCUACAUUUUCAUACCGAGCUUUUUUAAUAAUGAUUUCAUGCAGUGAACUCCAUACCAAAUGAAUCAGAUGUACUGAUUGUAUUCACCAUCUUCACAUGACUAACUACAGGGGCAAAUAGUGGUCUCCCUGGUUUGAGACCAGUGUCCAUGAUUUUUUUAUUUUUUGUUGGACACUUUCAGCUGUGUUUAUGCUGCAAAUAAUUGACGUCUAUUGUAUUUUAUCAAGUUGUAUAUUUUCUUAAUAAAGUGCAACUAUAUCUGUUCCAGCCUCUUGCAUUUAAGGAGCUUGGGUGUAAAGUACUCAAAGAACAAAAAGCAUGCAUGUGAUGUGUUAAACACUAACGCUUGUUGCAUCUGCUCAAAGUUAUGGACUGUGUAUUUCAACGAUCAAAUAAGAACAUUUCUUGAAUCAUACCUCAUUUAAAAAAUAUGACAAUGAUUUGCCAAUUUCAAAGUUUUAAUAUUUUCAGCUUUGCUUUGGAUAAAUGGAAUUUAAGUUGAAUAAUGAAAUAUGCAUCAUCUGGCAAAAGAUUUACAAUUCAAAGCAUUAUUUUUGCUUUGAGGAAAAAAAUUAAUUUUUCAGCAUUUUCGUGGCUUUAACAACUCGGUGCAGUCACUACACAAGUAUUUUAGAAAUGGAUCAUUUCUACAGGUUGGUCUGUACAUCUGCAUUUAUAUUUAUUCAUAAAUGAAGGCCUGCUUUAUUAAAGUUCAAAAAUGAGAUUCUGCAAAUAAAACUAAUGCUCUUUCAACCUAUAAUACCACUGAAAAUUGUUGAUACUGCAUUCAAAUUUAAAUGCUUGUUUUCUUCAUUAUGCCUACUUUCACCACAUCUUGACCAUAAUGUUAAACUCUAAGGAUUGCUCUUCUUUUGAGCUUUUACCAUUUGCUUUCUGAUUGCUGAUCAAAUUUACUUUCAUAGCUAGAGAGUAUUUCCAGCCUGCCACACAUUUUUGUUGACAGCUGGGAUCUGCAUGGUCUCACUAGGUAUUGCAAUGCUUACUUUUCGUCUGCUUGCUGAAAGAUAUCCCAGGCUCACAUGCAUUAGAAUGAGAUUUUAUCAAAGUAGGCAGCGCUUCAAGAAAAAGUAAUAAGCGUUUCGCCUCAUAUUUUUUAUGAAUUGCAGUGAACACAUGUAAACUCCAAAAUGAUGUAACUGUGUAAUCCCAAACAGUUGAAAUUUGAGUGUACUUUAAUACUGUCUAUAUGAAUAAAUUAAUAUUUGUC